UCCUGUUCUUCAUUGUUAUCUUUCAUUGUCUCAUCACCACUGUAAGCUUUUGGCACACCAUCUCUAUCAUCACAACUAAACUAACAAAUCAUCCCAGUCAUAUUAUAAUCUCAAUUAUCAUCUUCACCUCUGUUAUUAUUGUCAAUAUCAUGGCAUCGUCUUUAUUUGCUGCUAUUUAUCCAGAGUGAUUUCCUUCCUCAGGCUGCAGCCCAGGAACCAGACAUUACUGAAUCCUUUCCCUCCGCCUGCUCUUUGAUCUCCACUUCAAGCCUGGUUGAUCUUCCCCACAUCGUCUCAUAACGACCUUUACAUCCACGUAUUACUACAACCGCGCCCCCUUCUCCUUCAAUUUCUCCAGUAGCCAUGAAGGCAGCAUUUGCCACUGCUUCCAGUCUCCAGUCCGCACAUGCGCACUGCCUUCCUGUAAGAGGACCCAGGUGUGUGUGUUCAUCGUUCAUGUUGAGAUUAUUAGGCUACUGUAUAAAUCUGAUGCAGAGCACCCACUGCUGGAAUUAAAGUACAUUACAGUAGAAGGUCCUGGCCGUCAUGAGUCAGCUUCCUCGCCACAGACAAGUGCUUCAGCAACCAAACAAACCGGAAAUACACCACUAUUAUACUAUACAAUGCAAAGAAAGUCUGCACAAUGCCAAGCCAUCGAGGCAUUACUCCUCCUACCCUGGAACAACAUGGUGGUUGAAAAGCUGUAGAGGGAAAGUUUCCCAGAGGGAGUGGUAACAGAAACUAGGAGGACUUUGGCUUCCCCGCAGUGCCAGUGUUUGCCUUUACCUCAGAGGUCGCGUUUCACAUUCAACAGCGAGGUCAUGGCCACCCCCAGCAUUCUCCUGUCAGAGGUGCAGUUCCAGUGUUUCAUCUGUCAGGAUGUUUUCUCUGAUCCGGUCUCCAUCCCCUGCGGCCACAGCUUCUGCUUCACCUGCAUCUCUUUGCACUGGGACCGCAGUCCUGCAGUCAGCUGUCCCAAAUGUCAGGCAGUCUUUGAGCGCCGCCCAGAGCUCUGCGAAAACUCCUUCGCCAAAGAGAUGUCCGAGCAGAUCCGAGCCAGAAGGCAGAAUGGCGUGUUGACGCUGAUAGGGAAAGUCGUAUGUUGUGAUGUGUGUGUGGGAAAGCAAACGAAGGCCAUAAAGUCCUGCCUCGUGUGUCUGACCUCGUAUUGUGAGAGUCACCUGGAGCCACACCAGAGAGUUUCCACCUUGAAGAUUCACAAGCUUAUUGAACCCAUGGCCAUGCUGGAGAACCGGAUGUGUAAAAAGCACCAGAGGCUCCUGGAGCUGUUCUGCAGGAGCGACCAGAGGUGUGUGUGCGUCCUCUGCACCGAGACCGACCACCGCUGUCACGACACCGUCCCAGUGGAGCGGGAGAGUCAGGAGAAGAAGGCUCAGGUGAGAAGCAUCGAGGCUGAUGUUCAGCAGAAGAUCCAGGAGAGACUUCAGAAAGUGGAGGAGAUCAAACACUCUGUGGAGCUCAGCAAAGAAAACUCAAGGAGGGACAUUCUGUUGAGCAUGGAGGUCUACUCCACCCUGCUCCGUUCUUUUGAGCGACGUCAGGCUGAGCUGCUGGAGAUGAUCCAGAGGAAGCAGGCAGCGGCAGAGCAGAGGGCGGAGAGGCUGAUCACGGAGCUGCAGCUGGAGCUCACUGAGCUGGAGAGGAAGAGGAGCGAGAUGGAGCAGCUUUCUCACAGUGAGGACCACCUACAUAUCCUGCAGAGGUUUCCAGCUCUGAGUUCACCUACGUCUUUUAGACCCUGCUCUGACAUCGUGGUCCAUUCACACACAUGUUUGGGGACUGUGAGGGGAGCGGUGGCCGACAUCGAACUGCAGCUUCAGUCAGCUCUGAAAAAGCUUUCCUUUCAAGAGCAUGAGAAGAUGCAGCAGUAUGCAGCUGAUGUUCUUCUGAACCCCAGGACAGCCAACCCCUGGCUGCUUCUGUCAGAGGAUGGGAGAAAGAUCUGGGAUGGAGAUGUUGAACAGAACCUGGAGGACAUACCAGAGCGUUUCGACAUGGCGCCAUGUGUCCUCGCCACCAGGGGUUUCACCACAGGGAGGCACUACUGGGAGGUGGAAGUGGGGGACAAAACAGCGUGGGACUUGGGGGUGGCUCGACAGUCGGUCGGCAGGAAGGGUCUGGUGACGCUGAGCCCGGAGGACGGGUACUGGACUAUCUGUUUGAGGAAGGGCAGUGAGUACCGGGCGUGUGCGGGACAGGCAGAGCUGCUGUGUCUCUCUCAGAGGCCGCAGGUGGUCGGGGUGUUUCUGGAUCACGAGGAGGGGACCGUGUCCUUCUAUGAUGCAGAGGCCAAGUCACACAUCUACUCCUUUACACAGUUCCAUUUCACAGAGGCCAUGUUUCCCUUUUUUAACCCUGACAUGUGUGACAGCGGCAGCAACAAAUCUCCUCUUAUCAUCCGCCCUGUCAGUGCAGUCAGUGGAGGCGGGGAAGUAGAUGACAUUACAAUAUGAUGUGAAUGUGUGUUCAGUGUUAUAUGACUUGUAAUUCAAACUGCAUUUGACUCUUUUUUCUUACUAACAUUAUUUUCCCAUACAGUACAAGGCCGGGCUUAUAGCACAUUUGCCCUUUUUGAAUAACUCUAUAGGAAAAUAUGUAAAAAUAUAUUGCUGAUAUAGUUGCAUAAAUACAAGUAGUUCAUAAUUGCUUAAAAAAGUACAAAUGUAAUCACCAUUUAUGUUUUGUAAGCCUAGAAACCACUUUUUCCUUUGGGAUAAAUAUUUUUUUGUUAUUAAAAUGUUAUCACAUGAUACCUUGUUGUUUGAAGAAUUAUUCAGAUUUGAACAUUUGACAGGACAUUUUCCUCAAAAAAUUAAAUGGCCACUAUGUUAAUUUAUUCUAACAUGUACAGGGAUUUUGUGAACCUACCCAUUUGUGGUUUUCUUAAUUGUGUGAAUUGUACACCAUUCUGAUGAGAGACACCAUAAACUGCGUAUGUUUGCCUUCCUCCUCCAACUUCCUUUUCUU